AUGGCUCUUGAAAAACCAUCGCGACAGCCAGCCUCUCGCAAAGAAGCGAUUCUAAGCCGACGUGAGAUUGAACACAUGAUUGCAAAAGGCCACACAGUCUUCAUCACGAGUGGAAGGGUCAUAAAGGCAGAUGCUUGGCUCAGGUUUCACCCCGGAGGAGACAAGGCCGUAAAACAUAUGGUUGGCCGCGAUGCCACAGACGAAGUUCAUGCGCUCCAUUCCACACAAACCCUCGAGUACAUGACGAAAUAUCAAAUUGGCCGUAUCAACGGCUAUUGGAGAAACUUCCUCCCUCCAAUUCAAGGUGGAGCGUUCAGAACCAUUGAUGAGGCGGAGGAGGCUGGUGAGGAGCAACGUUUGCAGUAUGCGGAGAGCUCGUCCAGUCAAGGUAGCUCUCCCCUUGACUCACCACUGUUUGAUCCCGUGGAUCAAGACGAAAGUCGAAGAAGAAAGAGGCAUCUUAACGACGAUGAGACUUCGUCGAUUUCUUCAACCUCCACGAUGGAAUUGACUCCGCUUGAGAUGUCCAAGAACCUUUCACACAUGGACGUAUAUACCCAGGAGGCCAUUGACCUUGACCUCGCCAAAUACCCACCCCUCGAUGCUGCAACACAGAAUGUUAUCGUGCAAAAAUAUCGCCUACUUCAACAGCGGAUCCAGGCCGAAGGUCUAUACAAAUGUAACUAUACUGCAUACUUGAUUGAGUUUUGUCGAUAUGUUCUACUCCUCGCGAUGUUUCUCACGUUUCUCCACUAUGGUUGGUAUGGUACGAGUGGUGCUUUCCUCGGCCUUACUUGGCAUCAACUGGUUUUCACCGUUCAUGACGCAGGUCACAUGGGCAUCACACACGAUUUCCAAACAGACACCGUUAUUGGCAUGUUGAUCGCGGAUUACAUUGGUGGUCUAAGCCUUGGCUGGUGGAAACGUAACCAUAAUGUCCACCACGUUGUCACAAAUUCACCAGAACACGACCCUGACAUAGAGCAUAUGCCUUUCUUUGCCAUCUCACACAGAUUUCUGAACUCCUUACGAAGCACAUAUUACGACCGUAUCAUGACUUACGAUACAAUGGCUAAAUACAUGAUCCGCUACCAACAUUUACUCUACUAUCCUAUACUACUGCUUGGUCGCUUCAAUUUGUACCGCCUGAGCUGGGAAUUUCUUAUACAAGGGCAGGGACCAAGAAAGGGACCAGCACGCUGGCACAGGUGGUUUGAAAUUGCAGGUCACGUCUUUUUUUGGUUUUGGUUUGGUUAUCUCGUUCUCUAUAAAGCGAUACCUACUACUGGCGGCCGCAUCUCGUUUCUACUAAUUAGUCAUAUGAUCACUGGACCUCUGCAUGUACAAAUAACGCUCAGUCAUUUUGCGAUGAGUACGGCGGAUCACGGUGUGGACGAGUCAUUUCCACAAAAGAUGCUGAGAACGACGAUGGAUGUGGAUUGCCCCCAGUGGCUUGACUUCGUCCAUGGAGGCCUGCAAUUCCAGGCUAUCCAUCAUCUGUACCCGAGAAUACCACGACAUAACUUGCGCAGGACUCAAAAACUUGUACAAGAAUUCUGUCACGAGGUAGAAAUACCAUAUGCUUUGUAUGGAUUCGUCGAUGGCAACAAGGAAGUUCUUGGUAGACUCGCGGAUGUUGGGCGACAAGCAGCCAUUCUUGCGGAAUGUCAAAAGACGAUUGCGUCUCAGGGCAAUAUAGCUAUCCAUUGA